CCUCGCAGCGUCUGAUUACGAGGAGGACUGUGCCGAAAAGCUUAAAUGCUCAGCCGUGAAAGUCUGGAGCUCUGAGGAGAGGGGAAGAGCAGACGAGCAGCGCUUCGGACCGCGACGCCCUCCGCCGAGCUCGGCCGCCGUGCCCCAGCGCACUUCGCCGUGCAUGGCAUAGCCUCUGGCUCCAGAGUGGUACGAAGCGCGCCCGCGUCUCUCCCUCGCCAGCAUGUCCGGAAGGGAGCCCUCCUCCAACGAGCUGACCGCCCCGGAGCCGGACGCCUGCAUCCGGACCUUUAAGGAGCACAUGCACCUGGAGCUGGAGCCCCCCAAGCUGGGCGGCUCGGGGAAGCGGACCACCUCCCCGAAGCUGUCACCCCGCAGCUCCCCGCGGCUCUUCAGGAAGCUGAUGGUGAACAAGGGCAUCCGUCAGCGGCGGCGCUUCACGGUCGCUCACACCUGCUUUGAUGUGGAGAAUGGCCCGUCAGCGAGCUGCAGUCCGCUGGACCCCCAGGCCUCCCCAGGGUCAGGCCUGGUCCUGCACACCAACUUCCCUGGGCACAGCCAGCGCCGCGAGUCCUUCCUGUACCGUUCUGACAGCGACUACGACCUCUCCCCCAAGUCCAUGUCACGGAACUCCUCCGUCGCCUCCGAGCUACAUGGGGAUGACCUGAUUGUGACACCUUUUGCUCAGGUACUUGCAAGUCUUCGCAGUGUAAGGAACAACUUCACCGUCCUGACCAACGUACAGUGUGCCCCCAACAGAAGGUCACCGGCAGCCAGCCAGCCUCCUCUCACCAGAGUCUGCCUGCCAGAGGACUCCUACCAGAAACUGGCUAUGGAGACCAUUGAGGAGCUGGACUGGUGCUUAGACCAGCUGGAAACCAUUCAGACCUACCGCUCCGUCAGUGACAUGGCCUCCAACAAGUUCAAGAGAAUGUUGAACCGGGAGCUGACGCACCUGUCGGAGAUGAGCCGCUCCGGGAACCAGGUGUCCGAGUUCAUCUCCAACACCUUCCUGGACAAGCAGAAUGAGGUGGAGAUCCCGUCACCAACGCCCAAGGCUCGGGAGAAGAAGAAGAAGCAGCAGCUGAUGACCCAGAUCAGCGGGGUCAAGAAGGUGACGCACGGGCCUAGCCUGUCCAACUGCAGUAUCUCGCGCUUCGGCGUCAAGACCGACAAGGAAGAUCUUCUCUCUAAGGAGCUGGAGAACCUGAACAAAUGGGGCCUCAACAUUUUCACAGUGUCUGACUACUCCCAAAACAGGCCGCUCACAUGCAUCAUGUAUGCCAUAUUUCAGGAGAGGGACCUGCUGAAGACGUUCAAGAUCCCAGCUGACACCUUUGUGACCUAUAUGAUGACCUUGGAAGACCACUAUCACUCUGACGUGGCCUACCACAACAGCCUUCACGCCGCAGACGUAGCCCAGUCCACCCACAUCCUGCUGUCCACACCCGCACUGGACGCUGUCUUCACCGACCUGGAGAUCCUUGCUGCCAUUUUCGCCGCUGCCAUUCAUGAUGUGGACCACCCAGGAGUCUCCAACCAGUUCCUAAUCAAUACCAACUCGGAGCUGGCCCUCAUGUACAACGAUGAGUCGGUGCUGGAGAACCACCAUCUCGCCGUGGGCUUCAAGUUGCUGCAGGAGGAGCACUGCGACAUCUUCCAGAACCUCAACAAGAAGCAGCGCCAGUCCCUGCGGAAGAUGGUCAUCGACAUGGUCCUGGCCACUGACAUGUCCAAACACAUGAGCUUACUGGCUGACCUGAAGACCAUGGUGGAAACCAAGAAGGUGACAAGCUCUGGAGUCCUGCUGCUGGACAACUACACAGACAGAAUACAGGUUCUCCGCAACAUGGUGCACUGUGCAGACCUGAGCAACCCCACCAAAUCCCUGGAGCUGUACCGGCAGUGGACCGACCGCAUCAUGGACGAGUUCUUCCACCAGGGGGACAGGGAGCGGGAGCGGGGCAUGGAGAUCAGCCCCAUGUGUGACAAGCACACCGCCUCUGUGGAAAAAUCCCAGGUUGGCUUCAUCGACUACAUCGUGCACCCUCUGUGGGAGACCUGGGCUGACCUGGUGCACCCAGACGCACAGGACAUUUUGGACACGCUGGAGGACAACAGAAACUGGUACCAGAGCAUGAUCCCCCAGAGCCCGUCCCCACCCUUCUACGACCAGGACAAGGACAAUCAAGGAGGUGGGGACAAGUUCCAGUUUGAGAUGACGCUGGAGGAGGAGGACUCCGAGGGCACGGAAAAGGAGGAGCACAGCCAGGGUGAUGACAGCCUGGGCGAGGGACGCUCCCCGCAGGACUACUCCCAAAGCCAGGACAUAGAGGAGCCCAUGGAGCCCACGCACAUCGAAAUUGUCACGGAAGACGCCUCGCCUGUGGACACAUAGGCCCUGCCAACCUGGCAGAAAUGGGUCUUUUGCGUUCGCAGAUUGCUUUCAGAGGAGAAAUCCUGCAAUCAUGCUUUUGAGAGGCCUAGGGGCUGACUUUGGGCCGAAGGAGGUGUCCUUCUUGCACUUGAUUUGGAGCCAGAAGUGGACAGUUUGAGUGGAGCAUUGAAGGAGCUCUCAGGAAAAUGCUGCAGACACUUGGACCUGAUUUACAGGCUAAACUGAGAAAUGAAGGAUUGCGCCAGCCAGGAACAUUUACUGGAUUAGAAUCGGGGUGAUGACACUACUGAGAGAUUUUUGUACCAAGUGACUUUUUUAAAGGGGAUGUCAUGAGGUAAAAUAUGAACUACUGAUAAACAGGUAUUUAUAAAGAAAAUCUGUUUACUUUUCUGUAACGUUUGUCUAAGGACUUUGUGUGCCUUUUUUACAAUUGUCUUUUUAAAGUUUUUUUAUUUAUUGAACACAUUUUAGUAUAUGUAAAAUGUUUGUCUUUUCUUAAAAAAAAACAGAAAGCUCAAGAGCAAAGUUAUUUUGUAUCUCAAAUGAGGUGAGAAUGCAGAGUCUUCCUUAUUAGUGACUUUGGGCAAUAGCAGAGCAAAUACAAAUACUGGCCUCAUGGACAAAUCUUCCACAAAGGAAAAAAAAAAUCCCACAGAAGAAGUACUUCCUGACAUUACCAUUUAUCUCUCACUUCCUGUUUUUGGUCUCAGCAAAAGAUCAGUUUCUGCAUUUAAUUCUCACACAACCACACACACACACACACACACACACACACACACACACAC